AUGGCCAAAGAGGACCAUGGAGCCCCAAACGGGACCUCACCCAUUGAGGCGCCUGCACCGCACAAGAUCCCCUUCUGGCGUCUGGUAACCGACCAGGGCGCCGUCACGCAGGCAGUCAUCGAUCAUAAGUACGCUGGAUCAGGAACAGAGGAGGACCCCUACGCCGUUGUCUGGAUCCCCAAUGAUCCUCGGAACCCCAUGGAAUUCUCCCCGCAAAAGAAAUGGUCUUUCACGCUCGUCGCUGCGAUUGCGACACUGGCCGUCGCCUUGGUCUCCUCAGCGUAUACCGGUGGUGUUGCAGAGAUCGAAGCAGAGUUUGGUAUCGGCAGCGAAGUUGCGACCCUGGGCGUCUCUCUCUUCGUCUUGGGAUUCGCAAUUGGACCUUUGCUUUGGGCGCCUCUGAGUGAGAUGUUCGGCCGCCAGAUCGUUUACUUCUUUACCUACCUGGCUCUUACGGCUUUCAACUGUGGAUGCGCUGGCUCGAAGAACGCAUGGACCCUUAUCAUUCUUCGCUUUUUCGCCGGUGCGUUCGGUUCUUCGCCUCUUACGAAUGCUGGUGGUGUUAUCGCCGAUAUGUUUGCUGCUAAGCAGCGAGGUGUUGCCAUGAGUCUGUUCGCUGCUGCUCCGUUCUUAGGUCCCGUCCUUGGCCCUAUCAUCGGUGGAUUCCUCGGAAUGAACGCUGGUUGGAAAUGGGUUAUGGGCUUCCUAGGUGCCUUUUCAGGUGUCCUUUGGAUUGCCGGAGCUCUCUUCCUGCCAGAGACAUACGCCCCAGUUCUCCUUCGCCGCCGUGCUGAAAGACUUUCCAAGAUCACCGGCAAAGUCUACCGAAGCAAGACAGACAUUGAACAGGGAAAGACUUCCCUCGGCGCAGCUUUCAAGACGGCCUUGUCUCGACCCUGGAUUCUACUCUUCCGCGAGCCCAUUGUUUUCUUGCUGUCACUGUACAUGGCUAUUGUUUAUGGAACCCUGUACAUGCUUUUCGCCGCCUAUCCCAUCGUUUUCCAAAUGACUCGCGGCUGGAACCAGGGUGUCGGUGCCCUCCCCUUCCUGGGUAUCAUGGUCGGCAUGAUCUUUGCUGUUGCUUACAGUAUCUGGGAUAACAAGCGGUACAUCAGGGCUCAGGAUGAGAAUGACGGAUUUGCUCCUCCCGAGGCUCGUCUGCCUCCCUGCAUGGUUGCCUCCGUCGCAAUUCCGAUUGGUCUGUUCUGGUUCGCCUGGACCAACUACCCUUCUGUCCACUGGAUGGCCUGCAUUGCCGCAGGUGUUCCCUUCGGCUUCGGCAUGGUGUUGGUCUUCCUGAGUAUCAUGAGCUACCUGAUCGACACUUACACCAUCUUCGCUGCCUCCGUCCUGGCCGCCAACUCCGUUCUCCGUUCCAUCUUUGGUGCCGUCUUCCCACUAUUCACCUCCUACAUGUACAACGACCUCGGUAUUCACUGGGCCUCUUCUAUCCCUGCGUUCCUCGCCCUCGCCUGUGUUCCCUUCCCCUUCCUCUUCUACAAGUACGGCAGGCCCAUUCGUCUCAAGUGCAAGUACGCCGCCCAGUCUGACGCCUUCAUGCGCCGCAUGAUGGCCCAAGCCAAGCCCGAAGCCGAAGCCGAAGAGGAGGCCGCCGAGGAGGAGGAGAUUGAGAAGUACGACCGCACCGAAGCGCCUGCCCCCCACCCCGAGGACGACGCCAGCUCCGAAGCUGAUUCCGCUAUUGAAGAGCUCCCCACCAUGAGACAGCUCCGCAGCAAGGCCUCGGCCCGCUCGUUCGCUUCCCACAGGUCUCACAGGUCCUUGUACGAGGGCAACCCUUACGACAUUGACCGCGUUAACACGCGCGAGUCGUUUGGAGGCAAAUAA